AUGCCCAAAAUAAGAAUAGCAGAUUUCAUACCAAAGCACCAAGUAAAAAUUGAUGCAAAGAGGCACUUGAUGGCUCAAUAAGUGUAUUAACUGGAGGAUAUAGAGAACAUUAAGAUAACUCACAGAGAGCCUCAAGGAAUCAACGAUAAACUAGCUCUUAAAUGGGUUGGCGCUGUGAGAUGGUUUCUAAAUCUAUCAACUGGCAAAGACCCUGAGAAGAGAACUGAGGAUCAAUGGUUAACAAGAGUGUGCUUAAUGGAAACUCUCGGCCCCGUGCCAUCAAUGACUAUGUCUUUGGGCAAGCACAUGAAGAGUGUCUUUUCCAUGAGAGUAGAUAGAGCAAUGAUUCACACCCUUCUGGAGGAGUCUGAGAGCGAGAGGGCCCACUUAUUCUUAUUCAUGCAACUUAAGAAACCUGGGUUCUUUUUCAAGCUGACAGUGGCAACUAAAUAGUUCUUGUUCUUCAAUGUUUUCUUCCUUGCCUACCUCUUCAAUCAAAAACUUUGCUACAGAUUUUCAGGCUAUCUUGAAGAAGAAGCAGUUUUCAACUACACUUUGCUUCUUAGAUAGCUAGAUUCUGGAAAUCUGCCAAAGCUAAAGAAUAUGAAGGCACCAGAAAAAGCCAUAGACUAUUAUAAUUUACCUGAGGAUGCUACGUUCAAGGAUAUGGUUUUGUGUGUGAGAGCUGAUGAAGCCAUGCACAGAGAAUUCAAUCACUACUUUGCUGAGCUUAGCUCCAGAGACGAUGCGGAUGAACUUGAUAUCGCUAAUACAAAUGUGGAGACCAGAAAUGUAACUAGUCAAGAAAACCCUCAAGGAAGCUGA